AUGCUUACUGUAAUUAUACUAUUAAUAUCAUCGAUAUCAACAUUUGUGUUGCCGUUGUUCUUAACCUUCAAACUAAUCAACCAAGAAGGUGCGGUUGCCCCACGGUUUGCGACCCAAUCGCAAUUCUUGCUCAGCUACUGGAUGUCUUACAUCUUGAUGAUAUAUUUUGAAAAUUUCAUUGAUCCGAAGUUACUACUAUCAUCGUUAAAUCUGAAUUUUAUCACUUCAGGAUUUUUCCUUUUGGUAAGAAUUUGGCUUUUUUAUUAUCAUGGGUGCCUUGUAAUCACCAAAUUCUUCGGAGAACGAAUUGGCGCUUUGAUUUCAUCUUCAUACAUAAAGGAUUACGAAAGACAGCUCGGCAAACCAUCCUCAUCAUCUAGACUGCUGGAACAUGGAAUUGCUAGCAAAAUAUGGUUGGAAUUGUUUGAAGUGAACACAGACAGAAUGUUCAGGCUGUUGUUUGACUACACAAUAAAAAUUAUCAAAUUUUUGGGUCUCUUUAAAUUCCCCGUGGGACGGAGUCUAAUCCGUUUCCAUGAGUUCUUAAGACAAAACCCGUCGUUUACCUUAUUACAGGGAGCUUUGUACUACAUCUGUUAUAUGGAUCCACCGGAGGAAGUAGCACGUAAGUAUAGAGGCUUCAAAGGAUUCGUCACCUCGAUGUCAGGACAUGUUAGCCCUCGCACCAAUGCAAUGCAAGGCACAAGAAGAUCAUCCAACAGAACUCCUUCCCCCUUCAGGCAAACAAGUAAAUCAUAUAAGUCAGCAUCUAACCUGGACUCGAACUCUCCACAGCCCAUCUAUUCGCAGCCAAAGAUCAAAAUGGUUUCAAAUAAUUCUUCGAGAUCAAAUUCAAACAAGAUGGUUGGAGAAGUAUUUGCUCCAGAGAGAUUUGCAAAUAUUAUGGAUGAAGAUGCUAUUUCUUUAAACUCAUCGCCAUCGCCAUCUCCACCAUUGGAAGAUGUACUUGUAUCAAGCUUUCUGAGUGAACAGCAAAAGAGGGUAGGUCAAGGAUUGAAAAAUCACCUUUCACUGCCUCAAAGAGCAAAAAGUCCAAUCAGAAUUGAGAAUCCACAAAGGGCCUUUUCUGAUCAUUCCGGAGGUCUUUCACUAGAACGAGGCAUCUAUGAACAAAAUUUUAAAGCAGUCAGCUAUGAACUGUUAAAAAAUGAAGUAUUUGGUAAUGAGUUAAAGAAGAGCCAUCAUUUUAUUGAUCCAAAAAUUGCAGCCCUACUCACUUUAAAAAAUAAUUCAUCAAAUACGGAUGAAUUCAUACCCUUGGGCAGACCAAGGCUGGUAUCACAGCCUCAACCCCCAUACCCAUUGGAUGACGCUGGCAUGGAACCAAGAAUUCACGUCUCCAAAAGGAAAUCAAUCAGGAUACCAAAAGCGCCAAAUAGCUAA